AUGCGGUACAAGUCGACCACCUUGCGGCAGACGGAGACGUCAAAGGACGGACACACAACGACCACGACGCUGGCCAACGGUCUGCGGAUCACGUCAGAGCACAACCCGGGGCACUUCACGGCGCUGGGCGUAUACGUGGACGCUGGGUCGCGCUACGAGGAUGGGGCGACGGCUGGCUACGCACACCUGAUGGAUCGGCUGGCGUUCCGCAACUCGGCGCAGUUUACCAGCAGCGCAGCGAUGGCGGCAAUAGAGAAGCUGGGCGGCAGCAUCAUGAGCUCGUCGACGCGCGAGUGCAUCAUGUACCAGGCAGCCGUGUUCCCGCAGGACGCCGGCCUGGCCAUGCAGCUGCUGGCAGACACGACUUUACGCCCGCGCGUGCUGCCCGAGGACAUUGAGGAACUGCAGGCCACAGUGCCCUGGGAGCUGCAGGAUGUGGCCAGCAAGCCCGAGAUGUUUUUGCCCGAGAAGCUCCACGAGACCGCCUUCCAAGCCGGCACCCUGGGCAAUCCGCUGCUGUGUCCGCCCAUGCAGCUGGCCCAGGCGACGCCCGAGCGCCUGGCCAAGUACCAUAGCAGAUGGUACCGCCCCGAGCGCAUGGUUGUGGCCGCCGUGGGUAUGGAGCACGAGGAGCUGGUGCGUCUGUGCGAUGCCAAUGGGUUCGCCGAUCUGCCACGCACCGAGCCGCAGCAGAAGCAGAAGGAGCCGUGGAUCGCCGUGCCCAAUGGCCAGGCGGUGUAUACGGGCGGUACGUGGUUUGAGUCCAAGCCCGACAUGGAGUUCACCCAGGUGUAUCUGGGCUUCCAGAGCGCCGGGAUCGCCGACGAGCAGCAGCUGUACGCGUAUGCCGUGCUGCAGAUGCUUCUGGGCGGCGGCGGGUCGUUCUCAGCGGGCGGGCCGGGCAAGGGCAUGUACUCGCGCCUGUACACGCGUGUGCUGAACCAGCACGCGUGGAUCGAGUCCUGCAUGGCCUUCCACCACUGCUACUCGGAUUCUGGUCUGUUUGGCAUCUCGGCGUCCUGCGGCCCGCGCAACGAGCAUGCGCUACUCGACGUCAUCGCCACUGAGAUUGAAGCUGUGGCGUCGGGCCGCACCACUAUGCGCCGUCCGUUCGCGUCGCAGGAGGGCGCGUCCAAGCUCGAGGUGCGUCGCGCCAAGAACCAGCUCAAGAGCAACCUGCUGAUGAACCUCGAGAGCCGCAUGGUGCAGCUCGAGGAUCUUGCGCGCCAGAUCCAGGUUGCGGGCAAGAAGAUCCCGGCUGGCGAAAUGGUUGAGCGCAUCGAGGCAAUUACCCCGAGGGACGUCGCCACGGCCGCUGCACGCUUGCUGGAGAGCCCGGCCACUCUGCUGGCCCAGGGCUUCGUCGACGGCAUCAAGCAGUUCUACCCGCAGGUCGCCCAGCACCACGGCAUCAAAAUCUGA